UCACGUCACCCCGCCCGUCUGCCUGCCGUCUCCUCCCUUAAAUCUUUUUUUCUCUUUUUUUUCUACGACCAGUCCUUUAAGCGACUAUGGGCUUAGACAAUACAGACUCAGAGACUAAGUAAUACAGCCAAAACACAGACUACAACAUCACCUAGACCACCUGCUCCAACACGAGAAGAAGGGGAGGAGGACGCACAAGUGCAGGCGCGUGCAUGGGUGCCAGCUGAGCAAGGCAUAAAGCGGACAGAGGAGCAGAAAUAAAUUGGAAUAAGAGUUUAUCUCGAGAAGUCUUUGGAAAAGCGCACAGCUUUGCUUCAAAAGCAAGACAGCCUAAAUGAGUACAUUGUAAGAAGAGUCAUGCAUCUCAACAGAGAAGAAGACAACAGCAAAGGCUCAGUGUCUCUUAGUGUAUUCCUGCUGUCUGUUGCAUUGGUAGUAUGUGCUGUUUGGCUGGUAGCUCUGUGUGGCGUCUGCACCUGGUGUCAGCGUAAACUGGGGAAGAGGAAUAAGCCGGGGAUGGAGGCUGCCAGCUCUCCAGAUUCUGUGAGAGGUCGAGGGGAAAAUAAAGCCAUCAAUGAUCUAGACAGAGACUUUUGGAAUAACAAUGACAGCAGCAAUGUCCAGCAGAGGUGGAGCUCCUACCCUCCCAAGGAGUUUCUCUUAAACAUGUCUCCCUAUGCUCCCUACGGAGACCCUCGCCUUACUCCCAACGGGGCUGUGGAUAAGGGUGGGCAGGGCGGUGCUGGGCCCUCACCGGGGGCCAGCGACAGCGGGGUUGGAGCUUGCUCUGGUACAGGGGCGGGACCAAGUCGCAGUGACAGCGUUCGAAGCAUGAUGUCAGGGGGCAGCAAGGCUGGGCGCUGGCAGACGGUCCAGAGCCACAUGCAUGCCGGAGGCCUUCGGUUUAGCAAUUUCGGGGAUGCCUCUCUCUCAUCAGCCUCCACCUUGGAGCACAUCCCGUCCUCAGCUGUGGCACGUCCUCGACCCUUGGUCCGGCAGCAGAGCCUCCAACAGCCCCUCACUCACCAGCCCCCUCCGGGUCCCAACGACCCCCCGGUCACCUCACAGAGUCUGGGUCAGCUACACACAGGCCCAGGCGGCGGGGGCCACCGUGGGGGCCCGCGGGGGGUCCGGGGGAGUCCGGCUGGAGCCUCCCGGUACAGAGGAACAGGGGCUGGCCGAUCACGGUCAAAUCCAGGCAGCUGGGACCACAUGAUGGAGCAGAUUCGCAACAGAGGUCUGGAUGUCAAGUCGUUCUUUGAGGGGAAGAUGGUUGUUCUGUCUCUAGCAAUCGGGCUGGCUGAACAGGAUGACUUUGCCAACCUCCCAGAUCUUCAGGAAGCACCGGCAAGCAAAGAGAAUGAAACCACACCAGACAAAAGAACUCCUGGUAACAAACCAGGCAGCAGCCCCAGAGGUCAGACUCCAGAUGAGACCGGUCGGCGCCAGGGGCAAACCCACGAAGCCAACUCUUCUGUUUCUGAUUUGGCCAACUCAGUCACCAGUGACAUGCUCAUGUUGUCACCAGGUUCAGAGGAGGAUGAGCAUGAGGGCCCAGUGUGUGAGAAGCUGGGCCGUAUCCAGUUCAGUGUUGGAUACAGCUUUCAAGACUCAACCCUCACUGUCAAAAUUCUCAAGGGCCAGGAUUUGCCUGCUAAGGACUUUUCUGGUACUUCUGAUCCAUUUGUCAAACUCUAUCUGCUGCCAGACAAAAAGCACAAAUUGGAGACAAAGGUCAAGAGAAAAAAUUUAAACCCUCACUGGAAUGAGACCUUCCUGUUUGAAGGGUUCCCCUAUGAGAAGGUGGUUCAGAGGACUCUGUACCUGCAGGUUCUUGACUAUGACCGUUUCAGCAGGAAUGACCCCAUUGGAGAGGUGUCCAUUCCCCUCAACAAGCUGGACCUGGCUAACAUGCAGACUUUCUGGAAGGAGCUGAAACCAUGUAGCGAUGGCAGUGGAAGUCGAGGGGAUCUGUUAGUGUCCCUGUGCUACAACCCUACAGCCAACACCAUCACUGUGAGCAUCAUCAAAGCCCGCAACCUCAAAGCCAUGGACAUUGGAGGCACUUCUGACCCGUAUGUAAAAGUGUGGUUGAUGCACAAAGACAAGCGUGUAGAGAAGAAGAAGACAGUGGUAAUGAAGCGCUGUCUGAACCCUGUUUUCAACGAGUCCUUCCCCUUUGACGUGCCUGCCCACGUGUUGAGGGAGACCACCAUAAUUAUCACAGUCAUGGACAAGGACAGGCUCAGUCGCAAUGAUGUCAUUGGAAAGAUAUAUCUUUCGUGGAAGAGUGGCCCUGCUGAGGUAAAACACUGGAAAGAUAUGAUGGGUCAUCCUCGUACUGCCGUGGCCCAGUGGCAUGCUCUCAAAGCUUAAGGGACCCAGCAACCAACCUGCCUACAGUGUUUUUCCCCCAGAAUUCAAUUGGCCUCUCAGCCCCUGCUCUCAGCACACACACCCUCCUCCCUAAAUGCAGUGAUAGGCUGUAGACCAUGUACUGUAUCAUCUCUUUGUUCUCAGGCCUCUUUGAUAUUCCUUGCCCUCAGUCCUUGUGUCACCAUCUCUAAAUUUCACCCCUUGUCAAGUUCUGAUUUCCACCUGACUCCAUCUCAUCUGUUUGUCUGAACUGAAAAAAUGUCUUUGAUGUCGCCUUCCUUGUGCCCUCUUUCUAUGAUGUCUUUUUCAAGAUAUCCCUCAAUCUUUCUUCCAUCAUGUCAGCCAUUACCAGAGUUUAACAUCAGAGCAGUACCUCUUGCUACCCAUGAAUACAAACUACCAACCAAAAAUGGAUCAAACUGAUAGUCAAACCAUCCUCUGUGGCAGCAAGAUGGACUGUGUUCAAACAUGCGCCUAAGUGUGAAUGCCACUGACCUGUGAAACCCAUUUACCACCUACAUCAGGUUCACAGCAAGGAGCAUCCCACUCUGUUCCUCACCUUUUUUUCUCUAAGUCCUUUUCCAUUUAUGUCACUGCUCCUUCAUACUCUUAAAAUGCCUGAAUAUUAAGGAAACAGACACAGGUGAUGGAAGAGUGAUGGACUGAAUUUAAAAUGGACUGUAACUGGACUCUGUCACUCAACUUAUGUUUGAUCUUUUUCACAUUUCACUCUUUCCACUGUAAUAAUUCUCCCUUGGCUGGAACCCUUUGUUGUCUGUUUGUGCUGUGGGUGACGUGCUGUAAUCCUAAAUGAAGUUCCUUCAACAAAAGAAAAAAAGGGAAAAAAUGUAUUAAUAUGAACAUUCAACACAGGUCCAAUAGGGCAAGUGUCAUGAAAUACUUUCCUAUUAUUUUGGAAACAAAAUCCCAAUGAAUACAAAAAAGGAGUAAAGUGAUUAAUGUUGUGUUUUUUAUUUAUUUAUUUUUGUUUAAAAAAACAUAGAAAAUCAACCUGUUCUUCCAGACACAGAAAAUAAGCAAAAAAACAGCUUCAAUAAAUGUGGGAGUGUGCAAUUAUGUGAAUGAGUGUGAGUGUGAUGGAGUAUUUUGGACUUGCACAGCUAAAUUAAAGAUAUUAGUGAAAGGAAAAUACCUUUGGUAGAACUGUUCAAAUUGGUGAUGUUGCUUGUUGAACAGUUGGGAGGUCACUAUGGUUAAAUGUCAGUCCACCCAAAUUCAAAGCUCACAUCACAUCAAGAAUCCAGCUUUCCACAGGGGGUAAAUUAACAAAACAGGUUUUUAUUUUCUGAUGGACAAAUACGCACAAAGCUCACAAUAUAAGUAUCAGGUACAAAGCUACAUCACUAUGAGGGACUCAAAAUAAAAAUCAUUGGAAGCGAAGACCUCACAACAAAACAAGUACUGGCUAAGUG